CAGGUAGCAAGCAGCUAGCACAGUCUUUUUGUCGCAGUGUGGAUGUGUACAAGAUGACAGCUGGUUUAAAGACCGUCAUCUUACUCUCUUUCGUCCUAGCUUUAGGGUUUUUACUCGUCAUUCUCUCUUGCGCAUUAUGGGCCAAUUGGUUACCUCUUUUAGUUGCUUUCACAUUCGUCCUCGCCCCUAUACCCAACUCUAUAUGUUCUAGAUGCGCAAGAGCGGAUGAUUUAUCACCUGAAUAUAAUUCAGCGUAUAUAGAUUUUGGUAGAUUCUUAACUGGGAUGUUAGUUACAACAGGACUCUCCCUCCCUCUUCUCUUAGCUCACUCGGAACUUAUACAACCUGCCGCAUGUUGGAUGUCUGUCGCAGGAGGUGGUUUGGUAUAUGGGACUAUAUUAGCUUAUGGAGGAUGGUUCGGGUCUGGAUCAGAGGAUGAAUUCUGAGAGAUUUAAAUACAUUUAGUACCAAGAUUUACUGGAUGCAAUAUGCUACCUUGUC